CCACUGUUCCAAAAAAAAUGGUUUAUUUAGGGUUUAAGCAAAGCUCACUGCAAAUAACGGAACCACAAAUAUCUCUCUGCCUCUGAAUUUCUAGGGUUUGAAAGAAAAAUGGGAGCGGACAAAGGGAAGAAGCAGAAAGUUGGAGAAUUGGAGGAAGAAAACAACGUGGCAGAGAAAAUUGAUGGAGAGCUCGUUCUUUCAAUUGAAAAGCUCCAGGAAAUUCAAGAUGAGCUUGAAAAAAUCAAUGAAGAAGCAAGUGAAAAAGUCUUGGAAGUGGAACAAAAAUACAAUGAGAUACGGAAGCCUGUAUAUGACAAACGGAAUGACAUCAUAAAGUCCAUUCCUGACUUCUGGCUGACUGCAUUUUUAAGUCAUCCUGCCCUUAGUGAACUUUUUACUGAUGAAGACCAAAAGAUUUUCAAGUAUUUAAGUUCCCUAGAAGUGGAAGAUUUCAAGGAUAUGAAAUCGGGUUACUCUAUCACAUUUCACUUCAGUCCCAAUCCGUAUUUUGAAGAUACAAAACUUACGAAGACUUUUACCUUCCUUGAUGAGGGAACAAAAAUCACUGCAACUGCAAUAAAGUGGAAAGAAGGCAUGGGCAUUCCAAAUGGUGUUGCUGAACAGAAGAAUGGGAACAAGCGGCCUCAUGCAGAAGAAAGCUUCUUUACCUGGUUUAGUGAGACUGAGAGUAAAGGUGAUAUCGAUGAGAUUCACGAUGAGGUUGCUGAAAUCAUCAAGGAUGAUUUGUGGCCAAAUCCUCUUACUUACUUUAACAAUGAGGCUGAUGAAGAAGAUUUUGACGUGGAUGAUGAUGAGGAUAAGGCGAGUGAUGGCUCAGAAGACGAUGAGGAUGAAGACGAGGACGAGGACGAGGAUGAGGAUGGUGAUGAGUGAGGCUAAUGAACUUUUCCCUGACCUUUGGUAUCAUGCUGUUACUGCUUGUUAAUAGUGUCUAGAAAGUUCCAGAAAGAGUAACGGAUCAUGAUAACUGACUUAUUUUUGUGGUUUUUGGACAGACAUUUUGCCUUUCAUAGGCAAAUGUUCGUUUUUCUUUUCGUUAUCAUAGUAUUGUUGGCUUUGCUAAAUUUAUUCUAUAGAAAGCUGGGGCUGGGAGGGUACAGUUGCUGUUGCCUCUUAUUAGCCAGCUGAUAAGAGCUGAAGUUUGAGUAAAAAUAUCCCAUUUGACACUGAACUUUUAAUGUAUUCGAGUUUUCACUGUACUUUUCAAAAUA